AUGGGAAAAAAAGAAACAAAUGUUGCUUUGAGAAAACCAGCAUUUCAAUUCGAUGUCUCUUCGGGCGGUGUGCCACAGAGAGCUGUUGAUGGCAACGCUGAUACUAAUUACGGACGGCGUUCAUGUACACAUACCCAUAACCGAGGUCGGACGAGUAGGAACUGGUGGGCAGUCGACCUUCAAGCCCGUUACACGGUCAAGAGGGUAGAGGUAGUCAACAGAGGAGACUGUUGUUGGCAGCGCCUGAAAAACUUUCAGGUCCUUGUAACAGACGUCAAACCACAGACAGGGAAAGACUUAAAAGGCGUCAGGGUGUGUGUCCACCAUAAAGGUGGUGUCGGUAAAGGGGCUACACAGAGGUUGACAUGUAAAGGUGGUGUGAGCGGACGUUAUGUGGCUGUACAGCAGGCGAGGAGCCAGCCGUUGACCCUCUGUGAGGUCAGGGUGUUUGGCACAAAAGCCUCUCGGACCUCACCGAAUAAGUGUUUUACGCAUAGGCAUGGUGACUGCUGGGGUAACGACAUUAAGCAUUACGGUGGAAAGACCCUUGACCAGUGUAAGAGCUUAUGUAAAGCUCGAGCAGAUUGCAGGUCUAUCCAACACCGUGGCAAAAGCUGCUGGCUAAAAUGGUAUGCAUGCGAAUCGAAUGAACUACGAAGUAAAGGAAACAAGACAUUCCACCAGUGGACAAACACGUGUGGUAAGUUAGAAACUGCAUAUCUUUAA